AUGGCAGAGCAUGUUAAAAAGACUAGGAAGCUGCGUGGUCAUGUAUCGCAUGGAUAUGGGCGUGUGGGGAAGCACAGAAAGCACUCUGGGGGCCGUGGGCUUGCUGGAGGGUUCAGCCACAUGAAGACUCUUUUCACAAGAUUCCACCCGGACUACCAUGGAAAGAGAGGAAUGAGGGUCUACCACAGAAAGGAGAACUCUGAGUACGCGCGCCCGAUCAGCUCUGCAAGGCUAUGGGGGAUGAUCCCGAAGGAGCAGAGAUACGAGUUCCUAGACAAUGCCGAUAAGGUACCUGUUAUCGAUGUCAGGGAGUUUGGAUAUCAUGUUGUGGUUGGGGGAAAGUUGCCUUUGGAGAGGCCGAUAGUUGUCAAGGCUAGAUAUUUCACACCAUCAGCAAAGGAAGAGAUCACACGGGUUGGAGGGAAGUGGAUAAUUACUUAUUAA